AUGGUGUCUGUCGAGAUGAACGAGAUGAACAGUCAUGGUGAACUGGCGAACGAGGUUCUAUUAUGCGUUGGAGUCGGCAUCGGCCUAGGAAUCACGUGGAAUGAUACCAGGAAGACGUGCUUUGUGCAGCCGCAAAAAUUGAAAGGAAAAAUUAAUGAGAGUGAAGUUUUUAGGAUUAAGCAGUGCGUCACGGCCGAUACCCUUAAAUGCCCUAAAGGAAAAUCUCAUCCUCCCUUAAUAAUCCUCUCCCUGGACGGUUUCAGGGCCGAAUACCUCCUACGCAACAUGACACCAAACUUGGAAAAGAUAAAAAAUUGUGGAGUCCAUUCCCCGUAUAUGAGGGCUGCCUUUCCCACUAGAAAAUUCACCGUCAAAAACAAGGAAAAACUUGAUAAAAGAUGGUACCAGGGAGAGGCCGUAAAUGGAAAUCUCUCAUACGUCGACAAUUUGGUAGGCCGGUUGGUGAAUGGCAUGAUAGAGAGAGGUUACGGAGAAUGCAUGAAUAUAAUCAUCGUGGCAGAUCAUGGAAUGGAGAAAAUUGACUGUGGUCGGACUAUUAACAUAACAAAAUUCCUUACAAAACCCGAGGCAUACUACGUGUAUGAUGGCGUCAGAUCUAGAAUGACAAGCAAGUAUCUAGAGGAUGAAAAAUCAAAAAUAUUUUUCAUCAAUAAGAAUCCUGUUCCAGUAGUGGAAACAUUGCAGGAGCUCCAGUGUAGAGACUACAACACGACAAAGGAUUGGUACAGCAGAGUCCACAGAAAACAAGAACUACCCAAGCGAUAUCAUUACAGCAACAACCCUUACAUCGAUGAUAUCGUCUUUGAUAUACAACCUAGAUACUAUCUUGGAAAGUUUACAAGUCCCAAGUGUCAUGUUAAUCAUGGGAGUCAUGGGUCAGAUAACACGUUCACAAGCAUGCAUGCAAUCUUUCUUGGCAUGGGAUCGUUGUUUAAAGGAAUGGAGGUUGAAGCGUUUGAGAGUAUUGAACUCUACAAUUUAUAUGCCGACCUGACCAACCUCAGACCCUCCCCAAACAAUGGAAGUUACGGAUCCCUCCACCACAUACUAAACACCACCAACAUCAACAGAACGUUGAGUUUUGAUAACGAUUACGACAAUGAUGCUAAUGAUGUAGAUAGUUCUAGAAAUUUCUGCAAAUACCCCGACCAAUCAGAUGAACGAAAUAAGAGAAGACGUACAUCAGGAUUACCUAGCCUACCAUCAACAUGUUUUUCAGCUACAAACGAAGAAAACCUUGAUAAAGAGAUUAACCUAAAAGAAAGUGACAAAAACACAUCCCUAAAAUUUAACCUACCAUUGAAGAUGUACCAAAUACCGAAUUCGAUCAAGUACUGUUCGAUGGUGCAAAGAAGAACAUGCAUUCGAGCAGACGUACGUGACGAUAAUAUGGUCAACUAUGAGAACAUAUACGGAAAAGAAAACAAAGAUAAUGAAUCAAUUGUUAUGUCUUUGCUGUUUCCGCCCGGAUAUUAUGAAAAUGAGCCAUCAUCUGCUGACGCACAUACAACCUCAAACGCCGUACCAAUGUAUGUCGGCUUUCAAGAAGGCGUUUGGAAAGAGUUAUUGCAUCUAAUAGAAGAGUAUUCGGAGAAAUACCGACACAUCAACGUUGUACUCGGCCCGAUAUUCGACUACAACUCCGACGGUCUCAAAGAUACCGACAAAGAUAUCACAAAAUACGUAGAUAGUGAUGGAACAAUACCAAUACCUUCGCAUUAUUUCACUGCCGUGUUCAAAUGUGAGGGGGGUGACUGCGAAACUGUAGAUGACGUCAUUUCCUUUGUACUGCCACAUAAGCCGGAUCCGCAGAAUUGCUGGACGACGACGCGUGACGUUUUUAGCGGAAAACUAUGGGACGGUUGGUCGUGGGAUGACGCUAGUGAUCCUGGAAUGUAUCCGGAUGUUAAGUUGCAGUGUCCUGCGGGGCCUGACUACCUGGAUCGGAAACUGACACCUGUAUUGGAGAAGUUACGAAACAGUGGAGUGACGUCAGAGUCGAUGUCGUCAAUAUAUCCCUCGCUAACAUUUCCUAACCACAAUUCUAUAAUUACCGGAUUAUAUCCGGAGUCUCACGGCAUCAUCGACAACAUCAUGUACGAUUCACAGUUGAAUAAAACAUUCAACCUUGGCAGUCCCAAUCAGUUUGAUACGAGAUGGUGGAUCGGAGAGCCGCUAUGGGAAACCGUGAUAAAGCAGAACAAAACGGCUUAUACAUUUUUUUGGCCUGGAGCUGACGUUGAAAUCCAUGGAAAAUAUCCCACAAAAUACGUGAAGUACCAAUCAGCAGUCCCUCACUCUCUGAGAGUUGACACGGUUCUUGAUUGGUUGAAAAAUGGGUCAGUCGAUCUGAUGACUUUGUACUUCAGUAGAAUUGACGAAGCAGGGCAUAGAGGUGGACCAGUAUCUGUACAGGUUAACGAAAGUUUAGUGGACGCUGAUGAGUCUCUGAAGAAACUGAUGGAUGGAAUAUUUCGGAUGAAGCUUCAUAACUGCAUCAACAUCAUCAUUGUCUCCGAUCAUGUUCAAUGGAAUGCCGACCAGGGCGUAGAACAUGCAAAAAAUUUUGCCCCAGUCUGUUUUGGGGGUGCUGUGGCCGUACCCUGUCAGGUCAAGUUAGAGUCAAGAAUGAGUCCCACUCACACGGAUCGCUCCCUUAACAUAUCCAGACUUCUGUCCCCUAAUGACCGGAAGAGGACGUACAUUUACGAGGGUGCUUCAUCACGGAUUUCCACAACCUACACCUACGGAGCGAAAAGUGAUCUUGUCACUGAGAUAGCCCCAGAAAAUCAAAGUCGUCAUGAGUAUGGGGUCACGUGUGGUGGUGCUGACCCGGACGUGAUAUCAGCCACACUCAACUGUAAAGUGGACCAAAUGGUCAGUUACAACAAGCGGGAAGUCGCCAAACGCUAUCAUUACGUCACUAGCAACAGAAUUGAUGACGUCAUCCUCAUGGUGAAAGACACGUGGCAGGCUUUUAAGGACGAGCCUUGGGAUCUUUUUGGGAACCACGGAUGGGAUCCUCAACAUAAAUCCAUGGAGGCGUUGUUUGUAGCUUUUGGUCCAAGUUUCAAAUCCAGAAAGUCGUACAAAGGAACCUUUGAGAACAUCGAACUCUACAACUUAAUGUCACACUUACUGGGGGUCCGACCGUCCCCAAACAACGGAACUGCUGGAUCACUGAACCAUUUCCUCAAAAAUGAAACGUCACUCCCUGUUACAUCAUCUUCAGGUUAUGAGAACUGUACAUUUCCAAGAAAUGAAAACGAUCUAAAAGCCAGGACGAAUUUCAGUGUUUUUGGUUGCAGCGAACAGAAAUAUGAAUUUCAGAGAUUGAACAAAUCAGACUCGGAGAGAAAAUUCCUACUAGAGAAACACCUCGACCACGGAACGCCAAAAUACUCAAACCAUACUAGCCUAAUCACAAACAGUAAUGGUACAAGUAGUAGCAGUAGUAAUGUAUGUAUACUUCACCAAAAUGCCUUCGUUUCGGCUUUUAAUAAAAAUAUAAGGCUGCCUUUGUGGUCAGCUUACAGAUACGUUCAGCCAUCCAGCGGAUCUCAUCCAGACGUCUGUCCGUCGUUACGUCCGGAUAAGUUGAUCCCAGAUCCCAGACUGACUCAAAAUGAGCAGAUAGGAUGCCAAGAAUGGACUGAUCUUCAUGAUGAUGGUAGUGGUGAUUAUACACCUGUUUCACUCAUUAAAGAAUGGUCAUCUUCAUCAGAAGAUGACUCACCGGACACAAAGUUACUCACUAACAUCGUUCCUAUGCACAAAAAGAUGUACUCUGAAACAUGGUGUCCGCUGAUGGCGAUUAUUGGCAAAUAUUCGCCGAGAACCGAUGUUGUCCUAGGUCCCAUAUUCGAUUACGACUCUGACGGUUUGAUCGAUUCGAAUAUUAAUAAGCCAUGCAUCAAACACAUUGCAUAUGACAGAACAGUUAAAGGAAUACCAAUUCCAAGCCACUACUACGCCAUUCUUUUACCAGUCCAGAAAAAUGUUGGGACACCAAACUUUGAUAGCAUUGCGUUCGUCAUCCCGAAUAACGCCAGAGGAGCUAAGCAUUAUUGCCAGACAUCAGCUCAGUUUAUUACCGAAAACAGAGCGAGAAUAAGAGACAUAGAACUUCUAACAAAUUUAGAGUUCUUAACAAAAACUCCAGCUAUAAACCAAACAAAUAGCAGUAGUGGUGGUAGCGUCAGUGGUAGCAACGGCAGCGCCAGCAGUCGCGACAAUGGCAGAAACAAUGAAAAUAAUUACAAUAUAAGAACUAGGUUACAUCUAUCAAAAAAAUCGUGGAAAGAUUUUGAAUUUUUAUAA